ACCUUUUUCAUUGUCACACCAAAACGCCGCCGCUUUAAGAUCUCCUUUCAUGGUCCACCCCACCCUCCCAAAGAUACCACAGGUCUGCAAUGGUGUAAAAUUAGUGACAACCAUCGGCGAGAAAGAGACAUUUUCUGGGGAAUCUAAUUGAUGGCAGAGGAAGGAGGAGUAGAAUCGAGGACUGGGAAGGUGGAGGAGGUGAUGGAAGGAGUGGCAUCAAUAGCACUGUUGCCAUGUGGCUCCAUCUCUGGCCACUUCAUCCAGCUUCCCCAUUCCAUUUGCUACGGCCUUCAUGGCACUGAGUUGGAAUGUGAAAGAGAGUGCAGUAGGGGUGAGGAUUACCGCUUGAUCAAGCUCACAAUCACAGACUUCAAUAGAAAGAAAGAACAAGCUCUCGUUGUGGAGUGUAGAGGCCAUGAUGCUGCCCGCUUCCACAACAUUGAUCACGCUCACGGGUGGGAGAAGGAUGUUGUGGGCAUGGUUGAGCAAAGGGAAAGGAAGAACAAGAUUUUUGUUUCUUUUGUGUGUGAGACACUGAAAGCUGAGAAAGCAGCAGAAGAUCAUAUCAGGCAGUUUAUGCCUAAAUUAGCUGGACUAAACGCUAUUGUUAACAUCGGCCGGAUGAGCAUUGCAGGUAUGGACUUUGAAGCAGAAGAAACAGAGCUUUUACAGGAUGAGAGGAUGAUGCAGAGUUUAUCCAGUGAUCCAGCCGCCACGCAGAGCGUCUCAGCAGACACGGUGCGUUGGGCACCGAACAACGCGUACAAACAGGCGGUUGGGAGGCCUGAGUACGCGGGGAGGGUUCGGCAGGUUGGGCCGAACGUUACACCUGUUCGGGGGACAUAUUUCUCAUACAGGCCUCGCUCACAGGGGAGACCAUCUGAGGGCACGUCUCGGGAUUGGGCCGAACAUGCCCGGAAGAUGGAAAAAAUCCAAGCGGAGCUACAGGCUGUACGAGAGAGGAAUGACACGUUGGAGCAGCGCAUGCAACAAUUCGACACCAUGGAGCAGCGCAUGCAACAAUUCGACGCCAUGGAGCAACGCAUGCAACAGUUCGAGGUCUUCAUGUCCUCAAUGGGAAUAUCACAACCAUGUCUUGGUGCUCAGUCUUCACCUGCAAACGUAGGUAGUACGUCGUCAGUUAGUAGUGCAUCUGCAGGUAAUGCGAUAACGGUUGGUACGUUGUCGCCUAUUGGACGACGGCUAAGCCAGCACUCCCCUGUCGCUACACCUUCGCCCGCUAUACCAUCCCUUGUGCAGCAAUCGCCGGUUGGCAAGAAUACGUCUGGGACGGUACCUCGUGCUUCGCAGGGACGCCCUUCGGAUUUGUAGAUAUUUUGUGUAAUUAUUUUUUGUUUGUAAAGAUUUGCAUAGUUAACAAAUACGUUAUUAAUUAUUGGUUUAUGUAAUUUGAUUUUGUGA